ACAAAGCCAAUUUGGACCCGGAACCCAGAUGACAUUACUAAUGAGGAAUAUGGAGAAUUCUACAAGAGCCUGACAAAUGACUGGGAAGACCACUUAGCAGUCAAACACUUCUCUGUGGAAGGGCAGCUAGAAUUUCGAGCACUCCUGUUUGUCCCAAGGCGUGCUCCUUUUGACUUGUUUGAACAGGAAAAAAAGAAUAACAUUAAGCUGUAUGUGCGCAGAGUUUUUAUCAUGGACAACUGUGAAGAAUUAAUCCCUGAAUAUUUGAAUUUCAUGCGAGGUGUUGUUGAUUCAGAAGACUUGCCUCUAAAUAUCUCACGUGAAAUGCUACAGCAGAGCAAAAUUCUGAAAGUAAUCCGGAAGAACUUGGUCAAGAAAUGCUUAGAACUCUUUACUGAGUUAGCAGAAGAUAAAGAAAACUACAAGAAGUUCUAUGAGCAGUUUUCCAAAAACAUUAAGCUUGGCAUACAUGAGGAUUCACAGAAUCGCAAGAAACUUUCAGAGUUGUUGAGAUACUACACUUCUGCAUCUGGGGAUGAGAUGGUGUCAUUAAAGGAUUAUUGUACUCGGAUGAAGGACAAUCAGAAACAUGUGUAUUACAUCACAGGUGAAACCAAAGAUCAAGCCUUCAAAUAUUGA